GCGUUUAGACUCAAUGAUCCUCUUUUCUCAAAACCCUAAAACUCGUUUCAGUUCCUUAACCCGAACUCGUCUUCUACGCAAAUUGCUCACUCAGAAUCCCUAAUCUCGGUAGAAAAUCACAAACCAGAGGCCGGCGACCGGUUGAUUCCGGUUUUCUCUUUCCUCGAUGGAAGAACCGCGUCGUAAACGGCCUAAAAUCGAGAGGGGUGCUGAUGAUUACCUUCCUGGCAAUAUAACUGAAAUUGAGCUCAAUAACUUCAUGACAUUUCAUCAUGUGAUUUGCAAGCCAGGAACACGACUGAACCUAGUAAUUGGGCCAAAUGGUUCUGGUAAGAGCUCUCUUGUAUGUGCUAUUGCACUCUGUCUUGGUGGUGAGCCUCAGUUGCUUGGAAGGGCAACUAGUAUUGGAGCAUAUGUAAAGCGUGGUGAGCAUGCUGGGUUCAUCAAAAUUUCCUUACGAGGUCAUGCCGAAGGGGAGAGGAUUACAAUUAUGCGUAAAAUAGAUACACAGAACAAGUCUGAGUGGUUAUACAACGGAAAAGUUGUGCCUAAAAAGGAAGUGUUGGCAGUCAUCCAAAAAUUCAAUAUCCAAGUCAACAAUUUGACUCAGUUCCUACCCCAGGACAGAGUUUGUGAAUUUGCCAAGCUAACUCCUGUGCAACUCCUAGAGGAGACUGAAAAAGCAGUUGGUGAUCCUAAGCUUCCAGUGCAACAUCAUGCACUUGUUGACAAAAGUCGUGAACUGAAGAAAUAUCAACAGGCUGUUGGAAGAAAUGGAGUAACUUUGAAGCAACUCAUGGCCCUUAAUGCUGAACAGGAAAAAGAUGUUGAACGUGUCCGUCAAAGAGAAGAACUUCUAGAAAAGGUUGAAUCCAUGAAGAAGAAGCUACCUUGGCUGAAGUAUGAUAUGAAGAAGGCUGAAUACAUGGAAGCCAAGAAGCAGGAGAAGGAUGAAAAAAAGAAGUUGGAUCAAGCUGCAAUGGCUUUAAAUGAACUUAAGGCACCUAUUGAAAAAUUAAAGGAGGAGAAAGCUCUGCUGAAGCGUAACUGUAAAGAGAUUAGUGCGCUAAUGGAUGCCAACAUCAAGAGACGCACAGAUCUUCUGCUCAGAGAAAAUCAAUGGGCAGUGAAAGUACAGGGGAAAUAUAAAGAGAUGGAAGAUUUGAGGAGACAAGAAGAAUCUCGUCAACAAAGAAUUUUAAAAGCUAAAGAGGAGCUUGCUGCUGCUGAACAAAACCUAAAAAAUUUGCCUGAAUUUGAACAUCCUAAAGAUGAACUUGGAAGAUUGAAUGGUCAAAUUAGGGAGCUAAGAGUUCAAUCAAAUGAAAAGAGGCUUCAGAAGUCUGAGAUGGAGAAGCUUUUAUGCCAAAGACAAUUAAACCUGAGACAGUGUAUUGAUAGGUUGAAGGAUAUGGAGAAUACAAAUAAUAAACGUCUACAUGCUUUAAAAAAUUCUGGAGCUGAAAGUAUAGUUCAAGCUUAUCAAUGGUUGCAGCAGCAUCGUAAUUUGUUAAAUAAGGAGGUUUAUGGUCCUGUAUUGCUUGAGGUGAAUGUCUCAGAUCAGAUGCAUGCUAACUACUUAGAGGGCCAUGUUCCUUUCUACAUCUGGAAGUCAUUCAUCACUCAAGAUGAUGGAGAUCGAGAUUUUGUGGCCAAAAACCUAAAGCCAUUUGAAGUUCCUGUUUUAAAUUAUGUAAGGGAUGGAAAUGGUGUCAAAUCACGCCCUGAAGUUUCUGAGGAGAUGCGUGUUCUUGGGAUCUAUACCCGACUUGAUCAAGUUUUUGAUGCUCCUGAUGUUGUAAAGGAGGUUUUGACAUCACAGUUUGGACUGGAGAAAUCAUAUAUUGGAACAAAGGAAACUGAUAAGAAGGCUGAUGAUGUUAAAGAGCUUGGAAUUUCUGAUCUUUGGACUCCAGAAAACCACUAUCGGUGGGUUUGCUCCAGAUAUGAUAAUCAUGUUUCAGCCAGGGUAGAGGCUGUGGAUCGUUCCCGUCUUUUAUUUGGUGGUUUGGAUGGUGGAGAAAUUGAAAAACUGAGGUCCAGGACGAGUGAGCUUGAAAAGUCUAUCACUGACAUACAGCAAGAGUUGAAAUCACUACAGACUGAGCAAAGAAUUCUAGAAGAUGAGGCAGCUCAACUUCAAAAACAGCAGGAGGAGAUUGUCAACACUGUGAGAAAUGAGAAGCGAAAACGCCAAGAACUGGAAAAUCGCAUUGAGCAAAGGAAAAGGAAAGUGGAAUCUUUGGAGAAGGAUGAUGAUAUGGACACUGUUAUGGCCAAGCUUGUUGACCAAGUUUCAAGACAUAACACUAAUCGAUUUGAUGAUAUGAUCAAAAUUAAGGAUUUACUUGUUGAUGCGGUUUCCUUAAAAUGGAAUCUUGCUGAAAAGAAUUUGGCCUCCAUUGAAUACGAUGCAAAGAUUAGAGAACUGGAAGCCAAUCUCAAGCAUCAGGAGAAGUUUGCUCAACAGGCAUUGCAGCAAUUCGAGUAUUGUAAAAAAGAGGUAGAGGAUUGUCGACAACAAUUGUCUGCUGCCAAGACGUCUGCUGAAUCAAUUGCUGUCAUUACUCCUGAACUUGAGAAGGCAUUUCUUGAGAUGCCAACUACAAUUGAGGAACUGGAGGCUGCUAUUGAAGAUAAUAUUUCGCAAGCGAACUCUAUUCUUUUCCUAAACCAGAACAUACUGCAGGAAUAUGAACAUCGUCAACAUCAGAUAGAAGACAUUUCCACAAAGCUAGAAGCAGAUAAAAAGGAACUGGAGAGGUGCUUGGCUGAAAUAAAUGCCUUAAAGGAAAGUUGGCUUCCAACAUUGAGAAACCUUGUUGCUCAGAUAAAUGAAACUUUCAGUCGAAAAUUCCAAGAGAUGGCUGUUGCAGGAGAAGUUUUGUUGGAUGAACGUGGAACUGAUUUUGAUCAAUUUGGAAUCCUUAUUAAAGUAAAGUUCAGACAAUCAGGGCAACUUCAAGUCCUCAGUGCUCAUCAUCAAUCUGGAGGGGAAAGAUCUGUUUCAACCAUUCUUUAUCUUGUUUCUCUUCAAGAUCUCACAAAUUGCCCCUUUAGAGUGGUUGAUGAGAUUAAUCAAGGAAUGGACCCUAUAAACGAAAGAAAGAUGUUUCAGCAAUUAGUGAGAGCUGCGAGUCAGCCUAACACACCACAGUGUUUUUUACUUACCCCAAAGUUGCUACCCAAUCUAGAAUACAGUGAGGCUUGCAGCAUUCUUAAUAUAAUGAAUGGGCCUUGGAUUGAGCAGGCUUCUAAAGUAUGGAGCUUCGGGGAGAGCUGGGGAAUUGUUGCAGGCUUGGCAAGAUAAAGUAGAUGCUGGAACCUGAAGUAUCAUCUUUCCAGGAGUGAGCAUGUUCCAUCCCUACAAUGAAUCUUUGUAGAUGCUUGAAAUCUUCUCACAACUUGAGAUAUGGUGUACUCGAAACUUCUAUGACUUCAACUUAUAUUAUGCCUGGUCCCUCUCCCCCCCCCCCUGCCUCCUUUUUUGCAUUUCACAUCGCAAACAUCACCAGGUUUCUUUACAUCCACAACGUCUUAAAAUCAGAAAAUUCCACCAUGUUAGCAUGAUUGCAAUCGGGAUUACAUUAUAUUAUGCAGGUAAGUGUUUUGCUUUCUUAACCUGAUUGCUUCUAUCUAACAGAUAAUUAAGUCAAAUUGUUAGUUACUUGAGGGAGACGAAUAUUUGUUAGCUCAGGGAUAAAUUUCAAGGAAUAUUUUUUUAGUUUCAGCUGACGUCUUUUUUAUGCAACUGGUGUGUCAUUUUUAGCUGCUAGCAUUUUCCAAUGCAUAGAAACAUGAAUAUGACCUUCUGCUUUUUGCAUAAUAUAAAGAGUUUGAAAAUUUCAGAACAGGUGUGUCAUAAAACUUUCGAGUCCAAUGACCCCAAGGAUAUUUUUAUCUAGAUGGAAUACCACCUCCUAUUUUUUAUUGGCCAUCGAUUGCCACCUACCAUUUGAAAUUUAAUUUGUUUCAGAAGGAAUACCGCCACUCUCAGAACUUUGUCUAGCAACUCCUUAAGAAACAACUGUUUUUAUAAUUAAUGUAAUACUACUGUGGAAAAAAAGUUCAUUUUUCUUUCUUUAAUAUGUCAAACUUUACUGAAAUAAAAGAAUUUUGCUUCAAAAUCAGGGAAAGCAUUGACUGAAGAUUUUGCUUUGAUUUCUGCUGCUUACAUGUUGUUGGUUAAUGGUAACACAUCGUAGAUGGGGCUAGGAUAAAUAGGCUAGGUGUGUGAAUGUGGAAAGAGAAAUUUCUCCAUUACUUUAUUUGUUGUUGAGGGCAAGAAUGGGUUAAAAU